AUGGAUACAGAAGAAAAACAGAAACCACCUAGCCCCUUCCAAUUUGACAUGUUUUUACCGUGGGCAUGUCAUCAACUACAACUCAAGGAAAAUUUAAAUCUAAGGAAAAUCCAAACUGACAACAUUGCCAUCACUGGUACAGAUAGACUCAAAUCAAAAACUAAAUCUAGAACAGAUCCUGAUUUUUUUUUUCAACAAGAAGACCAAGAUUCCCCACAGACGCUGACAGCGAGCCGUCGACACUCUGACAUCCAGGUCAUCGCUAUAUACGACACAGCGGAUCAUCUUAUAAAACUACAGUUCCAAAAUAAUAAAAAGAUUCCAAGACUUAUAUUUAAGAUCAUAAAUUUGAUAAUAAAAUAUUACGAAUUCUUGAAUAACAUUACAAUCAACAGAGGUAUAGAUGAAUAUACUCUUUAUGAAAUUGGAAAAUUUUUACCUUAUUCCAAUAUAACAGAUAUUUGCUUAGAUAAUACCUUUCUCGAAGAAGGCAACUAUCACCUACUACUAGAGAACAGAUCAAUGUUACGGUAUCUAUCUUUAAGAAGAUGUAGUAUAAACGACAAUGUUAUCGAAAGAUUAGCAACUACAUUGAUGUAUCCUAACGCUGGCUCCAGAUCCCUAUCAAUAUUAAAUUUAGCGUCUAACCGAAUCACAGAUGUAGGUGCAAAAUAUUUAGCUGGUGCUCUACGAUCUAAUAGACAGCUGAGCUAUUUGAAUUUGGCGGAUAACAGCAUCACAGAUAUCGGAGCAUCAUGUAUAUUAGACUCCUUGUUGAAGUUCCCUCUAACUUUUACUGAGUUGAUCGCAUCUAGAUCCCGGCAAAUGAAUUAUUUGAAAGAAAAAAAUGAUCACAUCUUGCGAAUCGUAAAAGGUCUUCAAAUAGGUGAGCUCGAUAAACGCAUCAAUAAGAGGAAAUUGACAAAACCUCAAACUGCAUCCGCCAAAACACGCACUGAGAGAGAGAGCCUCUCAAAACUUGCUCCGUCUUCAAAGAGCCUGACUAAUAUUAAUCAAGCUUUAAUUGAAAAGGCUUCAAAUAUGGCAGACAACUUAUUAGGUGCAUUCACCGAUCCUUACGAUAAACAAAAUACUAAAGCCAAAGAUGCUAUAGUAUAUUGCCAUGGCAAUAAUAGUCUUUGUAGCUUAAACAUAGCGUACAAUAAUUUAUCUUAUGUUACUCUCAAGAAAUUAUUGGCGGUUCUAAUAUAUCAAAGAGAAAUGGGACGAAAACCUAAAGGUUUGAUCAAUGUGACCAUUGAAGGUAAUAAUAUGCCUGUAUAUUGUGGAGAAUUUGAUCAAAUAAAUAAUAUAAUAAGAGUCGGUUUAAUGUCAGUAAAUAGAAGAAUAUCUGGUGGUAAGAAGCGUUCUCCCGCUAAACCUGGGAUGCGUUAG